CGAUCUUCGAGCAUCCAACGGUCGGAAAAGUAACCGUUUCGACAUCGUACCAUACUGCAGGGUUCGUACCAAGGACCAAGCAUCUAGCAUGUACUACGGUAGCAUGAGACCUUCCCUGCUUGUUGCCUCCGCCACGAACUGGAUGAGCCAUCGCCGCCAUCGUUGUUAUCGCCCUGUCUCUGUCCUUAUCCGGUUCCUGUCCCUCCACUCUCUUGUUGGCACGAGUACUAGCAYACACUCCGUAGAUACUGUAACCGCCCCACGCAUUCUUUCAUUUGGAAGAAACAGUAACUGUUGUGAUAUCCGAAACGCCAACACCACCCGCCCCGUCGACAUUGGCAUUGGCAUUGGCAGUGACGUUCACAUUGAAACCAAGUCCAAAACCAUCGAUAGGAUCGUUACCAUGAGCGACGAAAAGAAAGACUCCGAUGCCGUCAUGGCMAACAGCAACAACGAAGAAGACGACAGUGAUGCCGAAGCCGAGGCAUUUUUGAAACAGCUGGACGCCAAGGCGGCUGCAGAAGGUGCUGCUUCCGAUCCCGAUCCCGCCAAGCCGGGGAGCGGCUGGUCCAACGGAGACAUAUCACAGCAGAUGUUCCCCUCCACCCGCAACGGAAGGCUGGAGUUGUACGCCUCCAACCGCCGCUGGAUCGGUCUCAACAAGGGCUGGUCCCGGGUUGGCGGGGACGAUGGCGGGGGCAAGACCACCGACCAGUACUCCCACCGCACCCGCCGGUCCUCCCAGAUGGGGAGCCUCCUGAAUCUUUCUUCGAGUUCGUCGUCUACAGAGAARGAACGCAAGAAAGCUAUGGACGACGAAGCCAGAUCGGUUCGGUGCCUGAUCGCCCAGCUGUCGGAGACCUUUUACAACUUCGGCUGGUCCGCCGGAACCGCCGGUGGGRUUUCGAUCCGGGUGGGAGGGCCCUCCGAAAACCGUCCCUUUCGGGUCUUUUGCAUGCCUUCGGGCAUCCAGAAAGGUGAGUAGCAUGGUGCGAAAAGCAUAGCGCAGGGAAGGGAAGCGAUUGCGUCUGCUUGUGGUUGUGGUUGUGGUUGUGCUAAAAACUUUUCUUGCAAACGAAACAUAGUACCAAUUGCGAUAUUUGCUCUUUGGUCCGAGAUUAAAUUUCUAUCGCGAUCUUAUGGUAUUGGUAAACUGCUUUGCGUUGUACAAUUGUGUAUUUUGCCAUUCAUCGUUGUCCCUGGAUUCYCGCCCGAACGACCCAUCACCAACCAAUGGAUACACAAUCAAUAAUUGAUGGAUCAAUCAAUGCAACAAAUACAAAACAAAAACGAUGAAUGCAAUCGCUAUCACAACUACAAAAACGACGUCGACGACGACAACAAACCCAGAGGACAUGAUCGGAGACGACCUCUUUGAGCUGGACAUGGACCAGAACGUCGUCCACGGCCCCAAAACGGAAGGCCUCCGGYUGUCGGCGUGCAACCCCAUCUGGUACUGCAUCUUCAAGCAUCGUCCCWCGGCCAUGUGUGCCAUUCACACCCAUGGAAUGAACGCCAAGCUGGCCACCCUGCUGGACCCCACCGAGCAGUCGAAGACGCUCAAGCUCACCCACAUGGAAAUGCUCAAGGGAGUCGGGGGCCACGCAUACGACGACAUUUUGGAAAUACCUAUCCUGGACAACCGACCCUCGGAGGACCUGCUGCAGCCCCAGAUGGAAGARGCCCUCAAAAACUACCCGAACGUCAACUGCGUCCUGGUCCGGCGACACGGAUUGUUUGUCUGGGGUGAUUCCUGGGAACAGGCCAAGACACAGGCGGAAUCCUUUGAUUACCUCUUCGAUGCUGCCAUUGGGAUGAGGAAGAUCGGCGUGGACUUUUCGGCCAUCCCCCCCGGUGGAACCUUUCGCACCGAUUUCGACGAAUACCACGGAACCACAACGAACACGAAGCGGGACGCGGCCGAAGCCGGUGGAGAGCAGCCCCCCGCGAAGCGCUCCAAGGCCAGUGAGGAAAAGACUGCUGCUGCCACUUCUGGUGGAAGCAGCAACGGCUGGAACGCCGCCGGAAACGUGGACAACCUGGACGACCUCAAGGCGAACWCUAUUCCGCUGCUGCCUCGGGAUUACAAGUACCUGCUGCUCGACAUUGAGGGCUGCACGACCGCUAUAUCCUUUGUCAAGGACGUCCUCUUCCCCUAUGUCGUCGAACACGCCGAAGCCUACAUCUCCAAAAACCUUGGCGACGAGGAAAAGGAUGCCCUAUCUGCCGCACUCACGAAGGACCUGACUCCCGAGCAGCGAAYCGAAUCCGGGGCCGAGGCACUCGCACCGGGUGCCAAUCCAGCCUCCAUCAUCAAGUACAUGGUACAAAACGACCUCAAGGUCGCCUCACUCAAGUCCUUCCAGGGCAAGAUGUGGAAGGACGGUUACGCAAACGGGACCCUGAAGGGACACGUCUACGAUGAUUUUGUCCCAAUGCUGGACUGGAUGAAGGCCCAAGGCGUCAAGGUAUACAUCUACUCGUCGGGAAGCGUCCAGGCCCAGAAACUCCUUUUUGGAAAGUCUACCAAGGGCGACCUGUGUGGCUACUUCAGCGGACACUUUGAUAUUACGACUAGCGGCAACAAGAAGCAAUCGGGAAGCUAUACCAACAUCUGUGCCGACCUGGGCAUYCCCCCGUCGGAGCUGGUCUUUUGCUCCGACGCUGUGGCCGAGCUAGUGGCUGCCAAAGAAGCCGGUGUCGGAAAGUGCAUCAUGACGGUCCGSCCGGGAAACGCCCCGCUGUCCGAGGAGGAUGCCAAGGCGCAUCCACAGGUCUUCUCCCUGCUGCAGCUCUGUGGCAGUGGGAUGUAGUAGAUGCAAAGCAAUGCGAUCCGAUCCAAUGCAAUACAUGGAACCCGAAAGGAAUAGUAUAAUGGGAAUAGAAUCAUUUGCAAACGAAGCGCCAAGCAAACAAGCAAAAUAAAUUUGAUAAGGCUCUAGCGUUUUAAAAUUAAUUGGUGUUUCCAAACAAGGACGUAGAGAGCUGACAGAUUUGAUGAUUUACCAAUGAAAUAAUACGACAUUCCUCAGUAUYGCGCAAAAGCUAUCAAUUAUGACACCAGAUCAAUUCCUGACCUGAGAAAAAAAACGUCUCUUUGSUUGAGACCGAAGUUAGACCAGAACAAUACACAUUACACAUUACA